UUCCCCCACUCUCGCAAAGUUUAUCGUAUAAUUCUCUCUUUUCACUUUCUGAAAUUUUAUACUCUGCUUCUGAAGAUCUUCCCUUUCUUUUCUGUUCCCCUCGCUCUUUACAGUAGAUCCCUCUUUUUCCUCCCUUUUUUUCUCUCCAGAAAAGAAAAACUUUUCUCGCUGCAUUGUUGCGGUAGAUCUUUGCCGCGUUUCAUGGAUCUAUAAUCGUGGAGCGCUGCAUUUUCUUAAUCUUCUCUUUUUUCUAGGGAUUUUUUUUUGUACCGUUUGCUUUUUUUGGGGGUUCGGUGGAGCAGUGUAGUAGCUUCAGUUUUGGUCGGUUUAUGAGGAGUGUUGUUUCGCUCGGAGGAUGCGACGGAGUGUUUGGCGGGCGGAGAAUGGUCCGGUUUAACCUUUGGACUAUCCGGUGGCUUUCCGGCGAGGCUCGUCUGGUUCGAGUUGAUAUCCGUGUCUGACGAUGGUUGCUUUGGACUCUGGCUCGGCGAGAGAAGAUGCCUGCUUUGACUCUGCUACAGUUGCUUUUUGUUUACUUGCUCAGCUUUCUCUCUUGUUCUUGUUUAGGGCUGCGAAUAUUCUUGUAUCCUUUACAACCAGUGCAUCGAUUGUCGGCAGUGGAAUCAAUAGUUGACCGUGCAGUUAGGUCUAUUUCAAUGCACGCGAUAUUCUCUCUACCAAGAGCACCCCAGGAACAUGUUAAUCCUUCUUUUGCACCUGCUGCUGCACCUGUGACUUCUCCUAUCCAUCAAGCUCCUGUUGCUACCCCCAAUAACCAUGUGGCAUCCAGGCAUCAUCGUCAUGGUGGUCACCAUCGCCAUCCUCAUGUUAAACCUCGAGCAGAUGCUCCAUCACCUUCAGAACAAGGUUGCGAUCAACUUUGUGCGGAGCCACUUACUGCAACCCCUUUUGGUUCACCUUGUGGCUGUGUUUUCCCAAUGAAAGUCAAACUUCUUCUGACUGUAGCUCCUUAUGCUGUUUUCCCUGUGAUGGAUGAGCUAGAGAUUGAGAUUGCUGCAGGCAUAUAUAUCCAACAAAGUCAAGUGAAAAUAAUGGGUGCCACAGCUGAUACUCAAAAUCAGGAGAGAACAUUGGUAGAGAUUAAUUUGGUUCCACUUGGAGAGAAGUUUGAUAAUACAACUGCAAUUCUUACAUAUGACCGUCUUUUUCAUAAAAGACUCUCUCUAAAUUCAACUCUGUUUGGAACAUAUGAGGUGGUAUCCAUCAGUUAUCCAGGAGUUCCUGUUUCACCACCAUAUGGUAUUUUUGGGAGUGGUCCAACUGGAAGUAGUGGAGAUCUCCCUAUCACAGCUAAUUUUGUUAGCAAGAACCAAAAGAUGAACAUCAGGAUUGUUGCAAUUAUUGUUUUAUCUGCUUUUGUGCUCUUAUUGGUUUUAGCUGGAGCAAUCUCUGUCCUCAUAAAAUGGAGGAAGUUUGGAAGACCAUCAAAUGCUGUUAGUCCGGCAUUUCCUUCUUCAUUGAACAAAAGAUCUGGCAUUGGUUCUAUCUUGUCAAGCAGCAUGGCAAGCUCUCCAUCAAUGUCACUCAUUUCCACCAUGGCUACUUGUGCUCUCCCAGUUAAAACAUUUACGCUUGUUGAGCUUGAGAAGGCAACGAACAAUUUCAGUUCAAAGAGGAUUCUUGGUGAAGGGGGAUUUGGACGAGUUUACCAUGGUAUUAUGGAAGAUGGAAGUGAGGUAGCCGUUAAGUUACUUACAAGAGAUAAUCAUAAUGGAGAUCGUGAAUUUAUUGCGGAAGUGGAGAUGCUUAGCCGAUUGCACCACCGUAAUCUUGUGAAACUUGUUGGUAUAUGUAUUGAAGGACGCAUACGCUGUUUGGUGUAUGAACUUGUUCCCAAUGGAAGUGUGGAAUCACACUUGCAUGGUGUUGACAAAAACAAAGGACCUCUUGAUUGGGACGCUAGGCUGAAGAUUGCCCUCGGAGCAGCUAGAGGAUUGGCUUAUCUUCAUGAAGAUUCUAACCCUCGAGUGAUUCACCGAGAUUUUAAGGCUAGUAAUGUUCUAUUAGAGGAUGACUUCACUCCAAAGGUCUCAGAUUUUGGUUUAGCAAGGGAAGCAACUGAAGGAUCCCAGCACAUUUCCACCCGAGUCAUGGGAACUUUUGGGUAUGUAGCUCCCGAAUAUGCAAUGACAGGGCACCUACUUGUUAAGAGUGAUGUUUACAGUUUCGGGGUUGUGCUUCUUGAGCUUCUGACUGGUAGAAAACCUGUGGAUAUGUCCCAACCUCAGGGACAGGAAAAUCUAGUAACUUGGGCACGGCCUCUACUGAGCAGUAGAGAAGGUGUACAGCAACUGGUAGAUCCUUCCCUGGCCGGAACAUACGACUUUGACGACAUGGCUAAAGUGGCAGCAAUUGCUUCCAUGUGUGUCCACCCUGAGGUGACUCACAGACCUUUUAUGGGUGAAGUUGUGCAGGCUCUGAAGCUUAUAUACAACGACACCGAUGAAACUGGUGGAGAUUGCUGUAGUCAAAAGGAGUCUUCUGUCCCUGAAUCUGACUUUAGAGGGGAUUUUGCCCCUUCUGAUAGUAGUUGGUGGAAUGCUGGUGAGGUCACCCCCCGCUUCACUUACGGACAAUCUUCAUUUCCUUUUGUCACAAUGGACUAUAGUUCUGGUCAACUUGACGAGAUGGAAAACCGACCAUUUUCAGCUUUGAGUUUGGUUGGAGUGGGAACAUCUUUACCAAUAAGACAUGGUAACAGAUCAGGUCCAUUGAGAAUGGUUCGAAGCAAGCCAAGUUUUUAUACGUUAAGAGGGAGCAUGAGCGAGCAUGGGGGACUCCUUCCAAGACGAAUUUGGAGCGAUGCCAAUUGGGUUUGAUCACUUCUUUUCCCAAUUAUUUUCAUUUUUUUCUAUUUUUGAACUGUAAGCAGUCGAUCAUAGUCUAGCAUUGGGGGAAUUCUGGAGUGUUUGCAUGUUCGUCAAGAAGCGGAGACCUGACCUCGGCUGCUUGUUUUCUUGAUUCCUCGCCAUACAAAAAAUGGAGAUGUAAGUUGAAAAACUUCUCGACUGCUUUUAUGUUCAUUGGCAUAAAUUUUAAAUUCUUGUUAUCUAAUGCCAAAUCC